AUGGAAGGCGGUUACGAGCAAGGCGGUGGAGCUUCUAGAUACUUCCAUAACCUCUUCAGACCGGAGAUUCACCACCAACAGCAUCAACCGCAAGGUGGGAUCAAUCUCAUCGACCAGCAUCAACAUCACCACCAUCACCAUCAGCAGCAGCAGCAGCAGCAUCAACAAGAGCAACCCUCGGAUGAUUCAAGAGAAUCUGAUCACUCAAACAAGGAUCAUCAUCAACCGGGCCGACCCGAUUCAGACCCGGCUACAUCAAGCUCAGCACCAGGGAAACGUCCACGUGGACGUCCACCGGGAUCUAAGAACAAAGCGAAGCCACCGAUCAUAGUCACGCGCGAUAGCCCCAACGCGCUUAGAUCUCACGUCCUUGAGGUGUCUCCCGGGGCAGACAUAGUUGAGAGUGUCUCCACUUACGCUAGGCGGAGAGGGAGAGGCGUCUCCGUUCUAGGAGGAAACGGCACCGUUUCUAACGUCACUCUCCGUCAGCCAGUCACUCCCGGAAGUGGAGGUGGCGUUGGGGCUGGAGCAGGAGGAGGAGUUGUGACUCUACAUGGAAGGUUUGAGAUUCUUUCGCUAACAGGUACCGUUUUGCCACCACCUGCACCGCCAGGUGCUGGUGGUUUGUCAAUAUUUUUAGCCGGAGGGCAAGGUCAGGUGGUUGGAGGAAGCGUGGUGGCUCCGCUUGUAGCAUCAGCUCCGGUUAUACUAAUGGCUGCAUCGUUCUCAAAUGCGGUGUUCGAGAGGUUGCCCAUUACUGAGGAAGAGGAGGAAGAGGGUGGUGGUGGUGGUGGCGGAGGAGGGGGAGGGGGAGGACCAUCUCAGAUGCAGCAAGCGCCGUCAGCAUCUCCGCCGUCUGGAGUGACCGGUCAGGGACAGUUAGGAGGUAAUGUGGGUGGUUAUGGGUUCUCCGGUGAUCCUCAUUUGCUUGGAUGGGGAGCUGGGACACCUUCAAGACCACCUUUUUAA